CAAAAGUCAUCCCCGGCGCACGCACGCACGAACGAACGAACGCACGCACGCACGCACGCACGCACGCACGCAAGCGGCACUUCGUGCGCACGAGUACGUCGUUUUGACAGCGAGACCGCGAGGCAUCGGCCGCCGAACUCGGGCUUUAUUCUGGGAGCGUGCGUGUGGAUCGGAUUUUGACAACCAGCUGUGCCGGAGCUUAAUUACACCCCCAGUGGACUUUUUUGUUUUUGUUUUGUUCUUUCCCGCCCCCUCCCUCCCAGAGAAAAGUCACCAUGGCAGAAACGUCCACCGCUCCUGCCAAGGCCAAAAAGGCAGCCAAGCCCAAGAAGGCUGCCUCCCACCCCAAGUACUCGGAGAUGAUAAAAGCGGCCAUCGCGCACGACGCCAGCCGGAGCGGCGCGUCCCGCCAGUGCAUCCAGAAGUACGUGCGGAAGAACUACAAAGUGGGCGAGAACGCCGACGUGCAGAUCAAGCUGGCCCUCAGGAGGAUGGUGGCGGCCGGGAGCCUGCGCCACACCAGGGGCAUCGGCGCGUCCGGCUCCUUCAGGUGGGCCAAGCCGGAGGACGCCAAGAAGCCCGCCAAGGCGGCCAAGGCGGCCAAGGCGGCUGUCCCUGCCAAGCCGAAGAAGGCGCCGAAGCCCUCCAAACCCAAGAAGGCAGCCAAGCCCAAGAAAGUGGCCAAGACGCCGGAGAAGCCCAAGAAGGCCGCCGCGAAGAAGGUGAAGAAGGUCGCGAAGAAGGCGACCCCGGCGAAAGCCAAAAAGGCGCCGGUCAAGACCCCGGUGAAGAAGGCGAGCAAGGUGGUGAAGUCCAAGGCGCAACCGGCGAGGAGGGUCGCCAAGCCCAAGGGGAAGACCCCCAAGAAGGGAGCCAAAACGGCCAAGAAGAAGUAAAAAAAAAAAAAAGGACAAUAUGAGAGAGACAAAGUUGCUGUACAUACUUAAGGAAAUGUUUUCGUAUAUGUAUUAUUUUUGUAAUGGAAACCUACGCUGUUUAUCAGUAGUUUUUCUCCCCGUUGCACUAUUGCUUAUAGAUGCUGUAGAAAUUAUCGUGAGCAUUUAUUUUUAUUUGGCGUUAAUAAUAAUGCUGUUAAUUUCUAUUUAACCAUUGAACACAUACGUCUUUAAUAACAAAAGAGGAAGGAUGCACAUCUGGACGUCAUGGACAGUCGGUGUUAGCGGGGCCAUGUGGGACAGUGGGAGCCUUCACAAUGUGGUUCUCCUGAAGGCUCCAUAGAGGUCCAGUCUCCAUUCAGAAUAUUCCACACAAACAUCCCACUGUGUUCAGCCACGUCACUGCAAUUCAAUAAACCGUUUGUCAUC